AUUCUCAUUAAUUACUAAAUAAAUUGCUUAUUUUAUCAAAACUUGUGUAUCAGAAAAAGAUUUUACUACUAUAAUUUUUUUAUUAAAUAUAUAUAAUAAUGCAUAUUCUUAAUUUCUUGAAAAAAAGAAAGAAAGAAAGAGAAUCGAAUCGGUUUUGUUAUUUUGCAUUUGAUUGCGCCUCAAUUUUUUUUACCGCUCUGGUGUUUAAACGAAACAAAGGUAUAUAAUUAACUUGUUGUUGUUUAAAGACGGUUGUUCGACGGUACGUGGAUAGCGGAAAAUCCACGCCAGUUUUAUGUGAUCGCCGGCGCGACCUAUGUGUACUUACCAAGCUGGAGUUCCAUGCAGAUGGAAUUGAUAGACAAGACAUUGCCGCACGCAGAGUUUCAAUUCUCGGACAUGCGAAACGAUAUUGGAUUGUUCAGGGUGACUAUUUACGCCGUGUAUAUAAUUCUGUGUCGAUAAUAAAGAGAGCAAACCUUGUAACAACCGCGUGGCCGUUUGCUGUCAUCCGCGCCCAUCCUUACAGUUGAGGAGACCUCUUUACAGGAACACGUACAUCCAAUUCGUCGCACUUCCUCCGGCAUACCUUACGGAUAUGUUCAAAAUAUAUACAGAAGACUGUGUUGUAGCGGGAUGGGGUCGGCACAUACCUGGUUCAAAUCAAGAGAGCGGUACAUAUUUGCGACAUGUUCGGAUUCCAUUAAUUUCACCCGAAAAGUGUCCUAUGCCGAGUGUGCAUAAGGAAACACAAUUGUGUGCUGGUCUGCCAGAAGGUGGUCGCGAUAGUUGCCAGGGUGACAGCGGUGGACCACUGUUAUGUAACGGAACGCAGGUUGGCAUUGUCUCUUGGGGUGAAGGCUGUGCCCGUGAAAAUUCACCGGGGGUAUAUUGUCGUGUGGAUUUUUAUCUACAAUGGUUGAAUGAGACUAUUCUUUUAAAUGGAACCUCGGAAUAUUCGUUUCAAUACGCGAUAAUAAUUAUUUUGACGCUUUAUUGUCAAUACUUAUUAAUAUAAUAUAAUAUCAUAUAUGUGUAAGAAACAAAUACGAGAGGAAAAGUUAUAUCUGUGUUAUGUAAUUAUAUUGUACUAUUGAAGAUCUUAUGCCAAAUAAAAAGAAACUGCUAAUUUAUUGCUUAUAUAA